UGUGUUCCAGGCAUCGUGCUAAAUUCUGUAAAUACAUUAUCUCAUUUAAUCCUCCCUACAGAAAAGCUAUGCCCAUUUCAUAAAAAAGCAGGGUACCCGACCUAGAUUAUACACCAAGUAUAAGGGUGUAUAGCCUGAAACUCAGAUCUCUUCUCUCAAGCAAACUUUGUUUGCAAAUAGGGCGCGGUCCUAUUCUCAGUACUAUGAUAGAAGUCUGCACCGGCUGCAGGGAAAACAAACGAGGUGCAUCUCAGACUCUCAGUGGAGUUCAGGAUAAAAGUCAAACCCUGUUGCUCAGCGCAUCAUGACCAGGUCCCCCAACGCCUUCGCCCUUCCGCUGGGGCUCGGUCGCUCUUCCGGGACGGACCAAAGUAGCCGGCGCUUGGAAGUCUCUCGUCUUUUGUUAGGGGUGUGGGACUUCGGCAGAAGAAACGUCUUCAUCCUCACCAUCGCCACAGCCCACACUUAACGGGGCUCCACCGCACCCUUAAUCUCUGGGUUCCCCUCGAACCCCAGCGCUGCCACCUUUACCUUCAGAGACACGGCCCUUUCGGCUCGAGGGACGCCGAGCCGCCCGGAGAUCCGGGCUGUGGCGCCGGAAGAGGCGGCGGCGGCGCGUGACGUCAGAGGACGUGCUUGCCGCCGUGCUCCUGCGGCGGGGAAGUGCUGGAGUCGGGCCGGGGUCGUGAGAUUCCCACAGACCGCUGGCGGCAGAGCAGGCCCGAGGCAGCGUGGGGUUCGCUUUAGCAAGAGCGGCUUUAAAACCUGCGCGCCCAUCUCCUCUGGCAGCUUGUUUCAGUGACAGACAGCUGUAUCCAUCCAACAUCAAAUCUUCUGAGACAGGCCAUAGGUGUUUUUGACAAGCUUCAAGGGAAGUUUGAUGCAGCCUGUGAUGAUGGAGUAUGGAAAUGCCCUGGAUACCACUGUGUAGUUUGAAUCAGAAAUGAAACAGUAGAAGUCUCGGUCAGCAUGGAGGACAAAAGACGGCGAGCCCGAGUGCAGGGAGCCUGGGCUGGUCCUGCUAAGAGCCAGGCCACUGCUCAGCCAGCUCCCACUGCUGAGAACAAUCUUCAACAGAGACCUGGUAAAACCUGGAUGAACAAGGAGCAGCAUCUGUCUGACAGACAGUUUGUGUUCAAAGAACCCCAGGAGGUGGUACGCAGAGCCCCAGAGCCACGAGUGAUUGAUAAAGAGGGUGUGUAUGAAAUCAGCAUGUCACCCACAGGCAUAUCUAGGGUGUGUUUGUGUCCUGGCUUCGUUGACUUGAAAGAGGCCAACUCAGUGUUUGAACAGCUUUGUCGGGAUGUUCCCUGGAAGCAGAGGACCGGCAUCAGAGACGAUGUAACUUACCAGCAACCAAGACUUACAGCAUGGUAUGGAGAACUUCCUUACACUUAUUCAAGAAUCACUAUGGAACCAAAUCCUCACUGGCAUCCUGUGCUGCUCACGCUGAAGAGCCACAUUGAAGAGAACACUGGCCACACCUUCAACUCCUUGCUUUGCAAUCUUUACCGAAAUGAGAAGGACAGUGUGGACUGGCACAGCGAUGACGAGCCUUCACUGGGCAGGUGCCCCAUCAUUGCUUCACUCAGCUUUGGUGCCACACGCAUGUUUGAGAUGAGAAAGAAGCCCCCGCCAGAAGACAAUGGAGACUACACGUACGUGGAUCGAGUGAAGAUACCCUUGGAUCACGGGACCCUGUUAAUCAUGGAAGGGGCCACGCAAGCGGACUGGCAGCAUCGAGUGCCCAAAGAGUACCACUCCAGAGGACCAAGAAUAAACUUGACCUUUCGGACAGUUUAUCCUGACCCUCGAGGGGUGCACUGGUGAUGUGAGAUCCUGGAGAGGGAAGCCACGCUGAGACUGAGCAAAGCUUCCUCCAUGAAGACACUUCCGGAGGCUGGUCUAGCUACUCUCGUGGCUGUCUGGAGGAUGAGGGUGGGAUUUGCUUCUCAGCUCGGAGUUCUAUUAAAUGACAGCCUGCAGUUCGUGUUCAAAAUACGUUUACUGUGGGAACAGUAAUCCCUAAUCACAUUUUGAAAUCACAUAUUUUCUUUAGGCAGAUUAAAAACUGCUAUGGCUGUGUUUACCGAUGAUUUUGCCCAUAAGCCAUUUCCCCACCACUGCCCUCUCCGGUUUCAGUUGAAGAAAUUUGAAUGGACUUUGCCUCCGGGGGAGGGUUAAUCCACAUCUUUGUUCCUUGUGCCUGUAGCAAAGUGGAGAUAGUAACACACAUCAGUGACUCGGGAGCCUUCCGCAGGCAGACAGCUGCUGCAACCCAAACAGAGUUUUGCUGAAGUCUGCCUCGAAUCCUGAACAUGUUGGCUUGUGUGCUGUGGUAAUGGAAAGCUGCAUACUCUGGGAGCACUUUAUUUAACCGAGUCUCCUUGCCUGUCCAUCGCCCUGGGAGACACGCAGACAGGUUUCAGGCCUCUGAGUGAAGAGCAGAGGUGGUCUUCUCCAGUGUAUUUCCAAGCUGCCCCCUGGACUGCUCGUAAUACAAGAGGAAACUGUCCCCUCAAGGGGAGGAGGAAUUGAGUGAUGUCAUGAGAAAUUUCAGCUGAAGAGCGGCAAAUGCCCUGCUAGUGGCAGCUGUUCCACACAGAUUUGUUUCCCCCGGAGAAUUACUUGAGUCUCUUAAACCCAAGCCAGAUAGGAGCGGGAGCCUUCCUGCAGGGAACAGACUCAGUUACCUUAAUAGUGCUUUUCCCCGUAGAGUUCAGGAGCCCCAUGACUAAGGCUUUCUUCUGACUCAAGUGUUGUCUUCUGUACACGCUCCCGAGAUUCGAGGGUUAGUCUCUGAUGUCACCAAGCUUCCCAAAACAGACAAAGCGGCUGCCCCUUGUUGCAUCAUAAAAGCACGUGUAUUCCUGACCCCUAGACUUAGGAGCAGCAUGCUGGAUCAGUUCCAAACCAAGACAGAGAAAACCAGAGAGAAAGAGGAUGAUUUAAACGGCUGAAAGUAGGGCGAGGGAGUUAGAGUUUCCCUAGUGCCCCAUGGGGAAAAUUUACCCAGCCUUCUUGCUUUUUGGUCUUGUUUCCAUUCCACGCUGUAAGAUUGAUGAGCCCCAAGAUCAUGAUAAAAGGCCAGGGGCAGAUGAGCGCCUUGCCUGGCCAGGCAGUGUUCUUCUGUUGAGCUCUCUGCUUUCUUGAA